GUCAAGAGAAUUGAAGAUGGAUGGGCAUGCGACGCUUCUACGCCAUGGGCCAAGCAGACGGUCGGAGACUUCCAGGCGCUGGCGGAGGUCAGCGAGGGCGCGGGGAGCUGGUCACCGAGGAGGGAGUCAGACAUCUCAAUGUUCGAGAGGGGCGCGAGGGAUUGGGGGGCGCGGGCGGGGUCGGACACCAGUAUCUUACGCCUAGCGGGAGAAGCGCGGGGCGCAGCGCUGCCUGAAAUCACGGUGGGCGGAGAGGUGGUGGCGCAGUUUUUGGCGCGAUUGGGAAAUUGGGGCAGAGGGGCAG